AUGUAUUGAAUUUUCAACUAGGUCUCCACAUGGUUUGCAGUACGUUACAAACAGAGUGAGGUCUCUUUUUUUUUUUUUUUCACAAGACCCCACACAGUUGUCCUUAAAGAAAUGAAUAUCUCCUUCAAGAGCCUAAAUCCUUGAUAUAAAUAUUUCCAAUGCAUUUUCAAUCUCCACGCAUCUUCAUAAUCCUUCUCUUCAAACCUUAAUGACUUCCCAAUUCUGACUUACCUUCACUUUCCACUCACUUGAAAAGCAAUGGCAGAAGCAAUUCUCUCCGGCAUUGCUGUGGAAAUAAUUCAGAAGCUGGGUUCUCGAGUUCUUCAAGAGACUAGGCUCUGGUGGGGUGUCAAAGGGGAGCUUGAGAAACUCAGGAGGACAGUUUCAACUAUCCAAGCUGUGCUUCAUGAUGCAGAGCAGCAGUACUGGCAGAGUCAUCAAGUCAAAGAUUGGGUUGACUCGCUAAAAGAUGCUUUUUACGAUGCUGAUGACUUGUUAGAUGAGUUCUCCACAGAUGUUUUAGUGAAGCAGAUGAUGAGUACUGGCAAUAAAAUGGUGAAGGAGGUACGCCUCUUCCUUUCAAGCUCAAACCCAUUUGUUUAUGGUCUUAAAAUGGCUCAUAAGAUUGGAAAAGUUAGAAGUAAAUUAGACGAGAUUGUUGCAAAUAGGAAUUUUCACUUAGAAAAUCUCCCUGAGAAGACAUUUCCUAUGGUUGAAGAAAGAGAGCAAACUCACUCUUCUUUACCUCAAGUAGUUGUUGGCAGAGAAAAUGAUAAGAAGGAAGUUAUUGAUUUUCUUCUGUCUUCUAGUUAUAGGGAGAAUGUGUCGAUCAUUUCCAUUGUUGGUCUUGGAGGCUUAGGAAAGACAACACUUGCUAAACUUGCAUAUAAUGAUGAUAUGGUGAAAUCAAAUUUUGAGCUUAAAAUGUGGGUGUGCAUUUCGGAAAAGUUUGAUGUCAAAAUAAUUGUUGAAAAGAUUUUGGAGUCUCUUGAUCAUCAGAGAACUACAAAUCUUCAAAUGAAUACCUUGAAAGAUCUUCUUCUUGAAAAAAUUAGUGAAAAAAAAUAUUUACUUGUUUUGGAUGAUUUGUGGGAUGUUGAUUCAGGAAAAUGGUUUAAGUUGAAGGAUUUGUUAGUUGGAGGUGCAAGUGGAAGCAAAAUCAUAGUAACCACACGUCAUAGAAAUGUUGCGGAAGUGAUAAGAUCAGAAAAAACACGACUUACAAAAGCUACUUCCUGAUGAUUCGUGGUUUUUACUUAAAAAAAUGGCCACUAAACCAGGGCAAGUGAUUAGCUUAGAACAUGAGAAAGCUGGAAGAGAAAUUGUGGAAAAGUAUUGUGAUGGAGUCCCUUUAGCCAUAAGUGUAAUAGGACGUGUAUUGUAUUUUAAAAAUACAGUAGAUGAGUGGCAAAUUUUCAAAGAAAAAGAACUUCCAAAUGUGAAUGAAGGGGAAAAUAGUAUUAUGCAAACUCUUAAAUUGAGUUAUAAUCAUCUACCUUCUCAUAUAAGGCAUUGUUUUGCUUAUUGUAGUUUACAUCUGAAAAAUUAUAAAAGUAGUAUAAACUAUUUGGCGAGUCUUUGGAUAGCUAGCACAAGGAUUUAUUAAAUCUACGGUUUCAAAACAAAGUCUUGGAGAUAUAGGCUUAACAUAUUUCAGGAAUCUUGUGUGGAGGCUUUUCUUUGAAAAAGUAGAAGAAGAUUCAUCAGGUAAUUUAACAUUUUGCAAAAUGCAUGAUUUGAUGUAUGAUCUAGCUAAGCUAGCAGUAAGAGAGGAAAAUAUUUUACUAAUUUCAUAUGAAGAGCGUGUUCAAGAAGGAUUUCGACACUUGUCCAUUGAUUUUCAAAUUGGUCAUGGGAGAAAGUUGCAAAUUGCUUGCUUGAUAUGACAAAGUCGCGAACAUUUAUAUCAUGGCCAGAAAAGCAAGAUAAAGAAGUAGAAUGCCAUGAAAUUUUGUCCAAAUUAAGUUGUGUAAGGGUGUUGAUUUUGCGUGGUAUGGGAUUUGAGAGAGUGCCACCUUCCAUUGGCAAAUUAAAACUUAUAAGGUUUCUCGAUCUUUCUUUUAGUAAAGGCAUUGAGAUCCUUCCUGAUUCCAUUAUUAAACUCCGAAACCUGCAAACUCUGUACCUAUAUGGUUGUGAAAAGCUUAAGCAGCUGCCUAAGCAUGUGAAAAGGUUGGUCAAUCUCAGGGAUCUUGGCAUUUCGGGAUGUGUUAGUUUGACUCAUAUGCCACGUGGGAUUGGUCAACUCACUUCCCUUGAGUAUUUGACAACAUUCAUGUUGGCCAAAGACAAUGGAGUCUCCAAGCAUGGUGGUGGACUCAGUGAAUUACGUUACUUGAAUAAUUUGAGACGAGAACUAGAGAUUUUUAAUCUUCAGUAUGUGAAAAAUCCAGCAUCUGAAUUUAAGGCAGCCAAUUUGAAAGAGAAGCAACACCUUCAAACCUUGACAUUGUCAUGGAAAUUGGGAGGUGGCUAUGAUAAUAAUAGUGAUAGUGGUCCAGAUGAUGUUGAAAAUGAUGAAGAAAUGCCAUUAGAAGAGCUGCGGCCACACCUUAAUCUAAAAUCCACCCUAACCUCACUUCUAUGCCUCUCAUUCCAUCUGUCCAACAUUUGGUAUUGAUAAAUGCCAGCAAGAAGUCAUUGGAGGACAUACUGAAGAUGAAGAUUUCGGUGUCACGAUCUACCUUUUCUGGUUCUUCAAUUUCCCCUUCUCAAUUGAAAAUUCUGCAAAUCGAGAAUAUUGAGGAUCUAGAAUUUCUGCCAGAGGAGUUGCUGGCAAAUCUCACAUCACUCCGACGUCUUAAUCUUCGGUAUUGUCCACGAAUAACAAAUGUGUCUUCUGCUUUGCGGCAUCUAACCUCCCUUGAGAGGCUUGUCUUCUUUGCUUGUGAGGACCUUGAUUUAUUUGAUUCAGAGGAUCAUAGUGAUAUGCCAUGGGAGUACCUUAGAAGCCUCGAACAGCUCAUAUUUGCGGAUUUGUUCAAAUUGGCGUCACUCCCAAAGGGUCUUCAACAUGUUCCCACUAUGCGAAAACUCACAAUCGAUAAUUGUCCUAAUUUGAUAUCUUGACCGGAAUGGAUGGGAAGUCUCACUGAAUUACAAUAUUUAUGGAUUAGAAAAUGUCCUCAACUGUCAGAAAGAUGCAAAAACAACAUGGCUGCUGAUUGGCCCAAAAUUGCUCACAUCCCAAAUAUUAGUAUUGACGAUAGAUGGAUGCAAUAGGAUGGCUGUUACAAACUACGAUCAGAAGAAUCAGACUUCUCUUGGAUAGGAUGUAAUGCUACUGCUUCUGAACUUUAGGAUGGGGAUUCAUUGAGUAGCUUCAUAUAUGAAAUUUCAAUGAAGGGCAUUGUCAUUUAUCAACUUCAUCCACGAGUUUUUACUUCUCUUCAUAUUCCUUUUUUUUAACUGGAUUUGCUACUAUGAAGAAGUCCCAUAAUCCCUUGCAGUUUUAGCUUCUACACUUUGCAAGAGAAUUGGUUUUCUAAAAAUAAACUGAUAAGCUGGGGAUGCCCAAACUCACCUCAAAGCAGUUGUUCAUAGAUGUUGAUGUUGACAAUUGCUUCUAAAACUCUAGGAUGGGAAUCAUUGUGGUCAACAACUUCUCUUCACCUCAUUCCUUUGUAAGUUAAAUCAACAACAUAUUUGUACUGCUAAAUGCAGAGGUAGAAAAAGUAUUGGUUCUGAAAGCAAAUUGAUAUUCAACAAUAUUUUCUUCCAAUCUAAUUUACAAGUUCCAUCAAUUAGUGUGGAAAAAAUUACCAUUUCAAAUUUCUUCCAAAGAAAAGCAAAGCAUUUGCCCAUAGUGAUGCCUUAUCUUGUGCAAUGUGUUAUGGAAGUUUUAACUGGAAGUGCCACUACUAGAAUUUCAGCUUCUACAUGUUGCAAAAGAAUUAUGCAGAAAUUGACAAGCUAGCCUGCCUCUAGCCUGAAGACGACUUUUUGGAUUGGAAAGUAUCUAUCUGCUUCUGCAAGUUAAGAUCUCUGUUUCAUCUCAUUCAUCUGUAAGUUGCUGCCUACCUUAUCAUGUUCCUUUUAUUCUAUUUCAAGUGCUUACCACUUUUACAGAAUUGAAUGCUUUGGUGAAAGAAUCAUGGGCUGCAACGGCAGAAUUACAUUAAAAAAUUGAUCUCCUUCAAAAUUCAUUGGUUUCUAAAUUCUAGGUAGGCACAAAAGUUUGAUAGUUUAUAACCGCUAUCACAAGCAUGAUUCAUUUUCUUUCUUUGUUUUUUAUUUUCGAUAAUUACAUUUUUCUAAAUUUACUUAUGAACAAAUAAAUAUAUGCAUUUGUUCAGAUUUCUCCCAAAUCUAAAGUUUCUGCCAUAAGGUUUUGAAGUAUUUAUCAAUAAUUACCCCAAAUUGAAGUUUCAUCUUCCUUGCCUAGAGAAACUGCGGAUUGCAAGGAUUUUCAUCUGUGCAAUAACGAAUGCAGCAUGCUAUAUUCCUCUGUUCUCUUCGUAAUAUUUAUUAUUUAAUGAAUGGAACCUAUUGGCAGUGGAUGAACUUCAACUUGCUGCCACUUUUUAACAACUUCGGACUGUAGAAUUUCUUUAUUGAUUUCUUGAGAUAAGAAUUGUUGGAAACUUUUGUCACAAGAUGCAUGAGAUCUGGAAUGUUUGAGGACUUAAGGUUGUUGAAGAUUAAAUCCAAUAAGAAUAAGAUUUUAUGUAGGUAUUCCACUUUUCAUGUCUUGUCAUAUUUAACUUUCCUAUGUUACAUAAACAAACUUAAAACAGAGUAAUUACGGAAGCUCUAUCAAAGUAUUUUGUGAAUUUAUACUGUUGGGCAAUAUUAAUUCAAACAUGGUUUGUGAUCAAUGCAGCGAGUGGAGGAGCUUCACUGUUUAUCAUUUAGUUUCAGUCUGUCCUGCAGAUAUUGUGAAUCAGUAGAUUGAGGCAUUUCCAUGUAAUUUUUAAUUGAGCUAUGGAAUUUCAAAUAAGCAUUCUGCAACUAUUGUCUUCAAUUCCAGAGUUUGGAAAUUGAUGACGGUUCUAUCUUGUCAAGAGAUGCCACAGAAGAGCCAUUGUGAAGUGGUCUCUCUUGUGCAAGAAAGUGUUUGUUUUGGUAUGCUCAUCACCUCCACAUGCCUUAAUAUGAACUCUAUAUGGACCCAGUUGCAAUUUACACUUCAGAGGAAACCUUGUGGGCACAACAGUGAUGCAAACAUGAUGAACUCGGUUAUUGUGUUUUUCUUUUGUGUGGUGAAAGAGAAGCAUAUGCACAUCCAUCGAUCAUAGCGAAUCUUGUAUUUGCAAAUAGUUGUAAUUACUCUCUCUCUCUUACAAGGCAAGUACAUCCUGUUUUCUCUUCUUUAAAUUUUGUAAGUUACUACACGACUUAUUCAAAUCGAUAUAGUCUUGAAAUCACAUUGAACAUAUUAAAUAUGAUUCCUAGUUUACUUUGUAAACCGACAAGAUUUUUUUUUUUUUCAUGAAGGGUCAAUUGUUCACCAUUCCCAAUGACUUUACAUCAUUGGUUCUCUCCUAGUUUACAUCGUUUAUGCAACGGACAUUCUGUGUGAAUAAUGACAUGGAUCAUUGACCCAUAAUUGAAAGGCCUGAUGCAAACAUUUGGUUCAAGUACAUUUUAAGGAUCAUAAUUAUGAUUGCUCUUCUAUAAAAUUGGGAAAUGCCUAGUGAAUAAUUACUUCAAAUGUGUGUCCUUGUCUCCAGGCCUGAUGCAAACAUUUGGUUCAAGUACAUUUUAAGGAUCAUAAUUAUGAAAGGGCUGCUCAAUUGCUUGCACAACCAUAUCAAUGGAAUAUCUAGAGCUUGCGUGCAAUUUAGUAUCUCGUAAGAAAUGGAGAUUUUGAUUACAAAUUUAUAUCUUCUCUUCACACUUUAAUAAAAUUCUGCUUAUUGAAAAAGGGAAAAAUAAAUGAACAGCACAGAGAAAGCUUAUUGGUAGAAAGCAGUUUCAUGCUUGAAAGCAUUCUUCUGUCAUAGGGUUGUUUCUAUUUUCAUCUACUGCAGAAUUGUUUGGACAUGAUCAUAGGCCGAGUCAAGUCGCAUACAAACUAGCAGAUAACUAUGAACAGAGUUGGAAAACAACUGAAAUCUAUCAUUGUGGGACAUGGAUGAAGCUUCCUCUACUUGGAUUUGGACAUUGACUAUGAGUUGGUGGUAAAAUAUGAAGAAUUUAUAUUUCCAUGGAAAGGGAUUGUAACCUUUCAGACAAAAUGAAUGAUUUUUCCUUUUAA